AUGGAAUCUUAUCCCGAGCCCGUCCUUGACGAUCGUACAAGUGAUAUACGAGACAAGCCGCUCAGCAGUGUAACGAUAUGGUGCACGUCGGGGAAUUUGCAUCACUGGAUCUCCAGCUACAAGCUCGUUGACCAAAUCGUCGUUGCGCCCAAGCAGACCAUUGCUGGUAUCUCAAUGAAUAUGCACCAACCCCUCGAACACGAAUUCCACACCGGAGAAGAAACGAACCUUUUCGGGAGCCUGCACAUACACCUUCGAACUGCGGAAAAAGGCCUGGUUUCACGCAGGUCUGGCGUGUUGGAAGAAAUCAAGUUCUUAUGCACUAUCACCGUGCGGGACAUUGUCGACCUCGUUCUAGCCGAAAGGCGACAAUAUUACAUGUUUAGUCCCCUUGGCAGCGGUUGUCUGUAUUGGCAACUGCAGCUACUUCGUGCAUAUGUUUCCAAAGGGUGGAUCAAAGGCACGGAUGUUGACAAGGCUAUAGGGAGUAUCGAGAAGUACGCCAAGGAGAAUGAGGCUAAGGUCCCUUUCCCGCCCGUCGAAGGACAAUUCUAUGACCCUCCGAUGUAG